UUAGCUUCUAAACUUAAAAUUGCACAUGUUUUCUGAGAUUGCCAUCAUUGAAUAGCCUGCUAGCAAAAUGAAUAGGGACACACACUUAUCUCAGUGCACAUUAAUUUUCUUCUAUUCCUUUGUCUCUCUUGUCUAAUUCCCCUCAGUCUCUCUCUUCCUUACUGAACCGACCAUGCGUGCAAAUAUACGUGCUACCCUUGAGAAAGAACUAAAUUUAACCUAGCUAGCCAUUCAACAACUUCCUCUUCUUUCUUUUUUUCUUUUGAUAUAAUUUCUAGAUUUGUCCAUGGAUUCUACGAAUCUUUAUAAUCAUCAUCAACUUCAACAGCUUGCUGGAUAUCCCUUUUUCAGUACUGGAGUUUCAACUCUACAUGAUUGGAACUCAGGCAUCACCUCGGAAGAAGAAUAUUACUACAAGCUGGGACACAUGAAAAGGAUCUCAUCAGAAGAGCUCAUGUGGAAAAGAGGCAUCGACACAUUUCCAUUAAUGAACACCUCAAUGUUCCACGACGGACAUCAUGAAUCAUCCAACGAUCCGCUGGAUGACAAAAAUAACAAGGCCGGCUACAUAAUAUCCAAUGAUUAUUUCCUCAAAAUGAAAGAUAUGAAUAGUUUGAGUAACAACAUGUUCAAAGAAAGUUACUUUGAAAACGAACAACAACAUGCUUUUGAUCUGAAUGAGAAUCUUCUGUCCGAAGAUUCUUACAUGAACAAUGCUAAUAAUUCGAGUUAUGUCUCAAGUCAUGAUAUGGAAUAUUCAGAUUUCCAGGGGUUGAAGUUAGCAUUUAAUGGACUAACUUUCAAGAACAGCCAUGAUAGUAAUAGUAAUUGCUUUGGCCAUUUCACUACAGAAAGGAUGUCUUCGGGUUUUGCUGAUGGACUACAAGAAUUAACCCAUAGUCCAUCAUCCAAAAAAAUCACAUCAAACGUUAGGAAGAACAUUGGAGUUUCUUCAAAAGCAAAAAGAUCUGCUGAAGAUGAAGCUAAUCCAUGUCAAGAAGCAUCAAAGAAGUCUCGAGUUACAUCGCAAUCUCCAAGCACAUUAAUGCUAAAGGUGAGAAAGGAAAAACUAGGAGACAGGAUUUCAGCUCUACACAGAUUAGUGGCACCUUUUGGCAAGACUGAUACUGCAUCAGUAUUAACAGAAGCCAUUGGCUAUAUUCAGUUCCUUCAGGACCAAAUACUGACAUUGAGUAUGCCUUAUUCGAAAUCAACUGAAAGGAAGCUCCAUCACAUAAAUCUAAAGGAUUCGAGCAUAGAGGCAGUGCUAGAUCUAGAGAGUAGAGGAUUAUGUUUGGUGCCAACAUCAUUUUCUUCUUACAUCUCUCAGUCCUGUGAUUGAGAAAUCGUUGGACAACUAUUACUUUCGUGGAAGCAUAUGGCGGGUAGGAUAAAUUGUACAGUUGCUGUGACUUUUCAUGCCCAAAAUCAUGCACAUAAUGUUUAUCGUGACAUACUAUAUGUUUAAUUUGCUAUUUAUAAUCACUUAAAAAGAUUAGUACCGUUUGUCCUAAACUGGGCGUUGUCCAUAGUGCUCUUUAUGUAAAUUAAGAUUUGGAGGACUCCACUCAAUUCUCGACUCUCCAAAUAAUAGGUCUAUCAUUUUAUAAA